GAUUAGGGCUUUAAACCCUGGCGACUACAGGUGAUAUUUAGCAUCUGAAUCUGCAGCGGUAGGUAACACUCCUUGAACUCUGCCUCCUUGAACAGUCAAUCCCAUUUUCCCUUCACCUGGGGAUCGCAUUGUUCAGCGGCCGCCAACACCGUUUCUGGGUAGCUAACCGGACAACAGACCGCAAAGAUGUCGAUGGACGAUCCUGAGGACCUGGAGAUGGAGGGAGAGGAAGGAAUGGACUCUAAAGAGCUGAGGAAGCACCUGGCCGAGACGCAGGCUGUGAAAGUCCUGAUGCUGGGUGCUGAGGAGUCUGGGAAAAGCACCAUUGUAAAACAAAUGAAAAUCCUCCACCUGGGAGGGUUCAGUAAGGAGGAGAAAGUUACAUCCAGGGCAGUGAUCUACAGUAACAUCCUGCAGUCGGUUCUGGCCAUUGUCAGAGGCAUGGGUAGCCUGGAAAUCAAGUAUGGAUCACCAGAAGCAGAGGAAGAGGGCAAGAAGCUGGAGAACAUUUCCAACUCCAUUGAGGAUGGGACUAUGCCUCCUGAGCUGGUUGAGUGCAUCAAGAAGCUAUGGAAGGACACUGGCAUCCAGGAGAGCUAUGAGAGGGCAGCGGAGGCUUACCAUCUCCUGGACUCCUGUUACUACUUUCUCAGUGACCUGGAACGCCUCACCCAGCCCGACUUCAUUCCCAACAACCAUGACAUCCUUCGGUGCAGGGUGGAGACAGGAGGUGUCCACGAGGAGAGGUUCAUCUGCAAGGACGUCCGAUUCAGGAUGUUUGACAUGAGCGGGAGGAGAGAAGAGAGGAAGAAGUGGAUCCACUGUUUCGAGGGCGUCCAUUGCAUCUUCUUCUGUUGUGCCCUCAGCGCGUACGACCUGGUGCUGCUGGAGGACGAGGAAAUGAAUCGCUUGCACGAGUCUCUCCAUCUUUUCAACAGUAUCUGCAACCACAGGUUCUUCGAGGCGACCACCCACGUGCUUUUCCUCAACAAGAAAGACGUCUUCAAAGAGAAGAUCAAGCAGGUGCACCUCAACGUCUGUUUCCCAGACUACGACGGGCCAAAUACGUACGAAGACGCCAGCAGCUACGUGAAGGCCCAGUUUGAGUCUCUAAACCUGAAGCAGGAAGAGAGACCCAUCUACACUCACGUGACCUGCGCCGUGGACACCGAGGAUGUCAACCAGGCGUUCAACACCGUCACAGACGUCAUCAAAAUCAACCUGAAAGACGCAGGGCUGUUCUGAUCCCUGCGUGACCGGAGAACUUCCUUCCUUCCUCAACUCAUCCUGCAUCAUGUGGGGCACCAUGCCGGUUGGAGGAGAUUGACAGCCGGUGUCAUUUUGUCCCCACAUCACUCGUCUGACAGCUGGGGUACUGUACCGUUCUGUGUGUGUGAGACGUCUGACCGCCAGUUCAACAGCGUAAUGUGACCUUUAAAACCCCUGAAGGAAGAGUUCUGUUGUUGUUGACAUAAGGGAACGGCAGAUAUUUCCUUUCUAAACUAUUUAAAAUGUCCCCUUUCAUACAUUAUAAUAGCAUAACUGUGUAUUACAAGACACAAGCUUUGUAAAUAAAAAUAGAGCAAACUCUUUAUUUUGACCGAUAUGUCUGAAGUACUUUUUAAUAUUACCCAGGUUUUUCUUGUGAAGUAUAGAGACACCUAAUAAAGACGCAUAGUUCUCCCUGUA